AUGGGUUUCAGCCAAUAUCUAAAAUUAGCUAGGUUACUACACUGCAAGACAUUUCUGUUAAGAAUUUCUGUGAGAGGUCAUAAAGUGGGCUACUCGAAUUUCAAAGCUUGCUUGGAGUUUUGUGAGGUUAGAGACAUUAAAUGUUCUGGAACUUUUUACACUUGGAAUAAUAAGCAAAGCGGGGAUGAUAGAGUUUAUGCUAAGUUGGAUAGAGUAUUGGCGAAUUCUGAUCGGGUGUCAUCUUACCCCACAGCUGAAGCUGUCUUUUUGCCUGAAGGAGAUUUUGAUCAUAGUCUGAUUCUGUUAUCUGUUUUUCAGGAGGUGACGGGCGAAAAAAAAUCUUUUCGUUAUUUUGAUAUGUGGAGUAAUGCUCCUAGUUAUCAGGAAAGAGUUACUAAUAGCUGGAGUCAGACGGUUUCAGGCACUCCUAUGUUUCAAGUUGUUCAAAAGCUGAAGUGUUUAAAACAGAUUUUUAAGGAAAUGAAUCGUGAGCAUUUUGGGGAUCUCCCAACGGAAGUGUUACGUGUCGAGCUUCAUAUGCGUGAUAUUCAAGGAGCUCUUCAAUUGGACCCUUUAAGCAUAAGAAUAAUUAAUGAAGAGGUUGCUGCCCGGGCUAGUUAUAGAAAGUGUCAGGAUAAUUAUUUGGCCUUUUUGAAGCAAAAAGCUAAAAUCAGUUGGCUCAAUGAGGGUGAUGAUAAUACUAGUUUUUUUCAUCAAAGCUUAAAGCAAAGGAGAUCAAUCAAUUCUGUUUAUGCCAUGAAGGAUAUGCAUGGCCAAUGGCAGCAGAAACUUCUUCUUGACUUUACCUAUGAAGAUGUUAAAAGAGUUAUCUUUUCCAUUCCGAAUCAUAAAGCUCCGGGCCCGGAUGGUUAUGGGAGUGGUUUCUAUAAGACUAAUUGGGAAUUUGUUGGGGAGGAAGUUAAUAGGGAAAUUCUAUCUUUCCUUCACUCGGGUCAUAUGCUCAAGGAGAUCAACAACACUACUAUCACUCUUAUUCCUAAAACUCAAUGUCCUGCUUCUGUUAGUGACUUUCAGCCUAUCUCUUGUUGUAAUGUUUUGUAUAAGGCAGCUGUUAAGUUGAUUGGUGAGGAUUUAGUUCGUCAUUAUGGCAGGAAGACUAAGCAUCCUAGUUGCAUGUUUAAAGUGGAUUUGCGGAAAGCGUAUGAUACGGUUGACUGGGAUUUUUUAGAGGAAAUGUUAAUGGCGCUGAAUUUCCCUUUUAAAUUUGCCAAGCGCGGGUUAAGACAGGGAGACCCUCUGUCUUCUCUUCUUUUUGUCAUUUGUAUGGAAUACUUAUCUCGCAUAUUAGCUAAAGUUGCUUGUAAGCAUGAUUUUCAUUUCCACUACAGAUGUACAGAGCUUAAACUUACUCAUUUGUGUUUUGCGGACGAUAUCAUUCUGUUCUGUAGAGGUGAUAUCAUCUCAAUCUUGCGCCUGCUUCAAGGCUUUAAACGGUUUUCAGGGUCUUCUGGUUUGCAAGCGAAUGAGAACAAAUCAGCCUUUUACUGUCAUGGUAUGCCAGAAGAGGAAGUGAAGCGUAUUCAAUUUGCUUCGGGGUUUAGUAAAAGUCAGCUUCCCUUUCGUUACCUUGGAAUUCCAAUCUGCUCUAAGCGCCUCAGUAUGGCUGAUUGUUCUGUUUUGGCUGAGAAGAUGUUGCAUAGAAUUCAAAUUUGGAGUUCUCAACACUUGUCUCUUGCAGGUAGAUUGACCCUUGUGAAUGCUGUGCUGUUGUCUAUUUAG